UUAACGUAUGACGAUAGUGCGCAUGGCCCCCUCACGUGUCCAAACUUGUCCACACACACAUGAGACGCAGACAGGCCCAUAUACGGUGCGGUCCCUGCAUAAGUACAUCUCCGUCGAAUAUAAAAUAUAGGCAGCAAUAUGCGGCCAACGAGCCUGAGAACCACACAGAGACAUGAGCAGAGACAUGAGAGUGCCUCCCUGUGCAGCUCACCCUGCCAAGCCGCUCACCAAUGUGACCACUAUCGCAUAAAACUCGACCAGAAUGUUGCUUACCAUAAAGUUUGGCGACGGCUCGCCGCAGGUCGUCGCUUCCUCCCUCGAAUUUGGCUUUGGCAAUGCUGAACAGGGCACGGCAAACAUUCUGCAGCAGCUUGAUGAGGCCCCAGAGGAUCAGGAAGCAGGUCUUGCAGCAGCGGCAAUGCUCCUCGACUGCCUCCUCGGCCUCUGCACAUUCAAGGCGACGCGUGAGAACUGUACACAAGGUAGCACAGCAGCCACGAUGCUGACAACUGAGUGACUGGCUAUCUUGAUCACUGUCUGUGCAUUCACACACCUUGGUGCUGCUUGUCCUCGGUCUGAGCCAGGGCAGCAGCAGCAGAUGGAGCCGAGGAUGAUGAAGCGCUGGCCGCUGCACACAAACAAACAUACAGAUGGAUGUGGAGUGGGUGAUCGUACUGGCACGUGAGUUGGUGUCGGACUGAGAGGUCUCGCUUGCCGGCAUGCCCACAUUGACGACCUUCUUGGCCUUGCGGACGCCCUCCCCUGUCGAGGUCUGUGAUUCUGGUCACACACAGCACACGAAACAAACUGAGACAUGAGUCCCUCUUGUCAGCUGGCCCAUCACAUACUUUGCCAACCCGCAGCACAGCGAACAGACAGAAUCAUGAUUGACGUCUCCCCACAUACCGUGCUGCAAGGUGCCCGCCUUGCCACUCGCCCCUGACCGCGACGGUCCUGCAAUGAGAAGCAAGGAAAGGUAUUGGAGAUGUCUCUGUCGCUUUCCUUCACUCCAAAGACACCUACCUGUGACUUCUUCACGCCUUGUAGUGGCAUAGAUGGCGUCCCGUCGCUGCUCAUGGCCAGUCUCUCUUCAUGGCCAGUAGCUGCAGACAGAUGGAUGGGCCCGAUCAGAUUGAUGUAUGUACACCUUGUGUGUAAGGCUGCUCGCCUUGCUCUCGUUGUCUUUGACGGUCGUCGUCAUUGUCGCCGGCCUGGACACCCUGGGGACCUUGCCCGCGGUGUGGGGAAAGCCCAUGAACAAUCGCUGCCGCACUGCCGGACAGCGUCAGGUCGCUCCCCGAAUCGCCCUCUUGAGAGCUGGUGCCUUGCAGCUGCAGCCAGACGGGCAUCGUCGUGCCUUCGACUGUCUCCUCGUGCACCUUGGUUGACUGCGCCGCCCUGCUGGUUGUUGAUGAGUAUCCCCCAUCCCCCACACCACCUGCCGGGCAGCACACACACACACACACACAUACACACAGACAGACAGACAGACAGAUGCAUGAAUGUAAUGUGUCGUGAGUGUCCUACGUCGUGUGUUCGGCUGCAACGGAUACAGGACGAGAACAUCGUCUGACACAGGUGAGUCCUGCGGCAACACGCAACACACACACACACACAUACAUCUGCGAGACGCAAAUCUCGCAUAUGAAUUGGCUCUCAUACGUGAUCUGCCACAUAGCAUUGAUGUCAAAAGCCAUCCGUAGGCUGCCUAUCAUGAUAAGGAUGCCGUUUGCAAUACCUUGGUGCGCUUAUCCGCCCGGUACGCAGCACGUAGUCUUAUUUCUCACCUCCCUCUCCUCUUCCGUGGUGCUGCGUCUCCAGCUGCCCCUCACCGGCUGGUCCUCACCGUGAAGAAUGCCCACGCCGCCGUCGGCUGUUCCGUCUUGCUCCGUCGCCACAUGAUAGCUAUCAAAACACAGAAGUCCGUACUCUGAUUAUCAUCUCUCCUUGGCACCGCUGGCGAGUCUCACACAGCUUGGAGCACGUGACGAAGAGCCGGCGCACCUUGACGGUGAAACCCCGGCAGAGCUUGCAGCCGUGGGUGCAGCCAGGGCAGUGCUGUUCGAAGGCCCUCUCGGCCUCUGCACUGCACUCACAGAGGCGGCGAUGAGAUCGAUGCAUGCUGCGUCUUCCCUGUGCUCACACCCACCUCGCUCGUGUCUGGCUUGGUUCAGGGCGAUGGGCUGCACCUCCAGGGCGAAGCAGAUAUCUGCACACCUGUGGUAACCACAGGAUGGUGUUGACGGUAGUGGUGCCAGGCACCAUGUAUUCCUCUCCCGUCUGUGCGUGCGACCUGAAACUCCAUUGUGCGGCCAUUGAAGUGGUCUCGCCACCAGCUCACCACAGUGGAUGACUUCGCGAUUGGUGGCAAACGGAUCAAGGAUCAAGACAUCCUCUCCGUCACUGUCGACAAAGCCGACCGCCUUAGCGUGAGAUAGCGCAUAGCGCACGACGACACCUUGGGGGAAAAAUAUUUCAUUGAGGGCGUCUCCUGUCUCGUAAAUUCUCGACGGGCAUUUUUUUGUUCUCGAGUUGGAGCGUCCUGUUCCUGUUGCAUUAUGCAUCAUGGCCAACCCAUCACAGAAUCGAACACAGCACAUCCUGUUCCUGUUGGCGUCCUCUCCGCCUCGCCGCUGCUCGUCUGUCCAUCACGCGGAUGAGCCAAGGAAAGAGUGACGCCAACAAAACAAACGGCCGAAACGGACAUUGCGAGAGAGGAUGGAAGUCUGCAUAACCGUGCGUGGAUUUCGCUUCGUGAUGAUGCUCCUGUCGUCUUUUCGAUUCUGCACACAGAAAAGGAACAAACCGACAGAUGAUGAAUCCUCAAGCAUGGUGCUUGCAGAUCUUCGCGUCCCUCACCUUCCUGGAUGCUCAGAUGACCGGACCAGCACAG